AACGUGCAGAGGAACCAAACAGGAGCAGGCAUGAGUGCAGACGAGCUUUUCUCUUGUCACAGCCAGCCCACCACCGUGGACUACAGUGGGAAGGUCCCCGUGGAGCACCUGGACUAUGAUUACAUUGAAAAAUGCAAAGAUGUGAAAUACCUGGAGAAGAUCUUGAGGGUGCUGAGGUCUGGCGAUGAGGGCAUUUAUCCUCAUCUGAUACAGUUCUGUGAGAGUCACUUGGAGAAACUGGACCCAAAGAGCAGAGCUCUCAGGCAAGAAAACCCUGCAGCCACAGCAGCCAGUCUCCCAAAAGAAGAGUGGACCCAAAUUGUUGAUGAGUUGACGACAUGGCAAGAAGAAGCCAAAAAGACUGAUAAUUCACUAAAAAAGGGGACAAUAUAUGAUGCUGUAGUAAAAGAAACUAUUCCACCUGUAAGAGGUUCCAAUUGCUUUGUUCCUGUUAGUCAGAAUUCAGUUCCAAAUGGAAGAAGGAAUCUGUCAAAAUGUGCUCUUCCACGUGAUUAUCGGGAAUGGGACAAGUUCGAUGUGGAGAAAGAAUGUGCAAAAAUAGAUGAGAAUGUGGUUAACACUGAUCCACCAGCCAUUUUAAACAUAGGAUAUCCCAAAAUCAAGACUAAAGUGGAUGUCUCAUUGCUGCCACAACAAGAGAAGCUCCUUCUGGCAAAUCGUGAAAAGGACAAAGGCAAUGAGGCUUUCAGAGCAAAAGACUAUGGGGAGGCGGUUGCAUACUAUUCCAGGAGCCUUUCCAUUAUACCAACUGUGGCUGCAUACAACAACAGAGCCCAGGCACAGAUCAAUCUCAAGAACUGGCACAAUGCCAUGAAAGACUGCCAGAGGGCACUCGAGCUAGAAGCAGGCAACAUGAAAGCUCUGCUACGUCGUGCCACUGUUUAUAAUCAUAUGGGAAACUUCCAACUGGCUGCUGAUGACCUGAGGAUGGUGCUGAGAGACAAACCACACAACGCUACAGCCACACAACUUCUGUCUGAAGUUGAGAAGAAGCUGAGUGAAAGUCGACCAGAGCAGCAAUGCAAGGGCAAAAAAAUCCUCAUCCAAGAGGUAGAAGAGGAAGAUGACAACAGCAACAAUGAGACCACAGCACAACAGACCACUUGUCCGGUUCAACCCAGCCAGCCUGUGGGAGGGGAGGAGAGCUCAGCUACUCCUGCUGAAAGGGGAGACAUGGGUAACGCUCAAAAAAAGCCCCACGGCAGAGGGGAUGGGGGUCCACACAGCGAGUCCAACAACUCCCACCACGGACACUGGAGGGGCAAAGGAGGCAGCUCAGACAAGUACAAAGUCACACAGGAGUCCAAGGAAAAGGUAGCCAAUGGAUCGAGCAAGAGGGGCUCGACAGCUUCAGUCCAGGGAGAUCAGAGCGGCAGUGGUAAGGGAACUCCUGUUGGAGGAAAUGCAGCAGAAACUGUCAACCUUGAUGCCCCAUGUGGAGCCCUGCCCCCACCUCUGUCCCGGCUAAAGAAUGAAGGAAACCUGCUGUUUAAAAAUGGACAGUUUGCCGAUGCAUUGGAGAAAUACUCGCAAGCCAUUCAGGGCUAUACAGAUACAGGACUUGAUAGUCCAGAGGAUCUAUGUAUUCUGUAUUCUAACAGAGCAGCUUGCUACCUGAAAGACGGCAACAGUCAAGACUGCAUACAGGACUGCACAAGAGCCCUGGAACUGCAGCCAUUCUCCCUCAAGCCCCUCCUGCGCCGGGCCAUGGCUUAUGAGUCCCUGGAGCGCUACCAAAAGGCCUACGUGGAUUACAAGACCGUCCUGCAGAUAGACAUCAGCGUGCAGGCAGCUCACGACAGCGUCAACAGGAUCACCCGGCUGCUGAUUGAGCAGGACGGUACAGAAUGGAGAGAGAAACUUCCAGAUAUUCCCCUGGUGCCUCUGUCAGCUCAGCAGCACCGCAGAGAGGAGCCCCCCAGCACAGAGGUCCUCCAGGCUCGAGCAGAGAAGGCCGCCAGAGAUGCAGAGAGGAAAGCACAAAUCCAUUUUUCGGCUUUGAAGCAAGACGGGAAUGAUUUUGUGAAGAAGGGCCUAUACCAGGACGCGCUGGGAAAGUACACAGAAUGCCUUAAGCUAAAGCCAGAGGAGUGUGCUAUUUACACCAACAGAGCGCUGUGCUACUUGAAGCUGGAGAGGUUCACUGAGGCUAAGCAGGACUGUGAUGCAGCACUGAAGCUGGAGCCAACCAAUAAGAAGGCCUUCUACAGACGAGCCCUGGCCAAUAAAGGCCUCAAGGACUACCUAGCGUGUAGCUCUGACCUACAAGAGGUGCUGCAGCAAGAUCCCAACGUGCAGGAAGCUGAGAAGGAGCUGGAGGAGGUGACGGUGCUGCUCAGACAGAGUCUGGCCAACGCUUCACCAGCCAAACCCAGGAAGACUGUCCCCAUCACGGAGGUUGAGGAUGACGAAGCCAUAACAGCUGUUCCCAACUCAGAGAGUAGCUACAGAGGAGAGAACAUCAGCAUCAACCUCCAGCCGACCAAUGCCUAUGACUUCGGCCAGUCGCUGAACGCAGCUCGCUGCAGCAGGAACACAGCGGCCUGCGCUGAACUUCUGGCCUCCACAGCGCCAGAGAUGCUUCCCCAGUACCUAAGCAGCCAGCUGGAUGGACACACUAUAAGCUUCAUUAUGGAGGCGCUGGACUCACACCUACUGGAGAAAGACCCCACCUUGGUCUACCAACACCUCAACCAUCUACACACUGCCGACAGGUUCUCGGUUGUACUGAUGCUGCUGGAGAAGGACGAGCGUCACCACAUGACUCAGCUGUUUGAGCAUCUCUCAGUAGUGGAGAGCACAGAAUUCACUAAAAACGAUGUUCAGAAUCUGGCCAACAAAUACAUCUGACGCUCCUGCCCCUACGCCCUGCUGCAUGAGCUGCUGCACCACUACUCUUGGAUCUAUGCAAAACACUGCACAAGAACUGAGUACACAAAGACAGGAAGCUGCAGAAUGUGCCCCAGAGCAAUACAGUGGAACUGAGUCAGAUCCACUCUGCUGAUCUGUGCUGUAAAUGGUUGGAUCCCUGUAUGUUUGUGUGACAGUAUAAGAAAUCUAUUUUUCUCUCCAGAUUAUUUUGCUAUGCAGUUUUACUUUUGUACCACCACUAACCAUUUGCUUUGUAUAACAGACAGUGGGGGCACAGUGGACCUAUCACUUUGGUGUAUUGAUAAAUAGGGUCUAAUGUGUAUAAUGUUAUAUAAGAGCACAGGCAGGGUUCCCCCUACAGGCAGGUGCGUUUGGUCAGGACAGGCCUGUGUCCCCAGAACUGUGCUCUGUUGAUCUUGUCCCUGAACUCAAUCAGUUUUUGAAUCAUUUGAUUAAAAAAAGCAGUUAGCAGCAGCUAAGAUCAGAAUUGCUACUAAGCGCAUGCUAAAUAACAGGUAGCAAAGGAGCAAAAUAGCCUAUUUGCUGCUGAGUUAAAUGAGAUAUUCCAUGCUGGAGGACAAGCCCACAAGACAAAGGAAUGGUUUUAUUGUGACCAUAUGUACUGUAUUAUCUUUGUCGAAGAAAUAAGCCUGCAUGAUGUCUUAUUGCUGUUCUGUGCAGUAUGAUAACAGCGUUAACAGUCUGUUGAACUGGUAUCGACUGAAAAUAUUAUAAGGAAAAAAAUACAAGACUUUACAUGCUCUCUGUUGAUCAUUCAUCUAUGCAAUUAGCAGAUCUGUUUUAACAUAAAUCCAUUCUUAAAGGCAGGCGCUCAUGUCUUUUCUACCUGAAAUGGCAUAAAGUCAUUCACCUUAUCUGUUUACUACAUUAACCUGCCAGCCAAUGCACAUCUGCACAGUUCAUGUAUGCAGAUGUGAACACACUGGAGCGAAGCAGCAUCUUUAUGAGAUGUGUGCCUUGGAUUUCAGCCUGGGGAUUGACUUACGUUUUUGUGAGUGCAUACAUACUCCUAAAGAGAAAGUGUGUUGAUGUCAUUCUGUAGCUUUAAUCAAACUGUUUGAUGGCUUGGAUUUAUGAAUUGUAAAUCAUACAUAUAUUCACUUAGCUACAUGCACAGAAAUGUUUGAAAUAUGUCAUUUAUUUGCUAAAUUAAAGUUAUUCUAUACAUGUUAAGUAAUUUAACACUGAAUACUCCAAUAAUCCACCAUUGAAGAUUGCCUGAAUCCAAACCAUUCUUUGUUUUUACAUGUUUUAUCAGUUCUACAUGAAUGUACCCAGUCAGGGAUACAAACUAGGGGACAAGAGGCAAUAAUUCUAUAUAUUCCACAGUUCCUCUUUACUGUGGUUUUAACUGUAUGUUUCAGUAGUUUUAAAAAUGUGCAUCAUAUUCUCAGAGGGCUAUUCAAUAAACUGGAAAAAUAUG